AUGGCAACAGACGAAGACUUAUCAUAUUCUGACGAUGCAUUUGAAGGGGAAGACAAAGAAGAUACAGAUAUGCUAAACUCAGCAGAAACCUACAACGACUACCAUCAACAAAUACUUUUUUAUCGCAAUUUUGACUCAGUUUCAGGACGAAGUCUUCAAAGACCUAAAACAAGAAGAAGACGAUGGACUCAGCGAGACAUGACAAACGCGUACAACGCAGUCAAGUAUCAGGGAAUGUCGCUUCGUGGAGCUGCGACAGCCUUUAAUGUUCCCGAAUCUACUCUUCGUGACAGAGUUCAUGGAAGAGUCAGUUUAGAAUGCUCUCGACCAGGCCCCCCAACAUUUUUCACCUAUGAAGAGGAAAAGAAGAUGGUGGAUCAUAUCUUAUUCAUGAGUAAAAUCGGUUACCCAUAUACCCGAAAUCAAGUAGUCGAACUCGCUGGAGACAUGACUAAAGCGGUCGGGCGGAUCGCUCCAUUUAAAUAUCUUAAUCCAAGUCAGGCCUGGUUCUAUGCUUUUCUUAAUCGAUGGCCAGACCUAAAGAAUUUCUUGUUCGGACCUCGAAGUAAUCGAAAAUCUAAGGGAGUUUCAGGUGAUUCUAUACAGUCUUAUUUUGAACAGCUCGAAAAGGUUCUAAAUAAAUAUGGUAUCAAAGACAAGGCCGAACAUUUUUGGAUUGUUGACGAAGUAAGCAUAAGCUGCGAGAACCAACCCCCACGUAUUCUUCCCAUCAGUAUACAACGAGCUCAAUCUGUUAGCUAUUGGAAUCCGACUGUUGCAAUGCUUGGAGCUGCUAACGGUGUUGGUGAAAAAAUCCCUCCUUUCCUUAUUUAUCGAGGUGAUGGGAUAACAUCAUCUAUGAUGGAAGGAUCCGUACGAGGGACUAAAUUUUCAUAUUCAGCUUCCGGUUGGGUUAAUUCUGAUGCUUUUAUUCAAUGGUUUCUUAAACAUUUCCGUGUAUUAGUAUCUGUUCGACCGCUUAUAUUAUUUUACGACGGUCAUUUACAAUUUGUUAGUGUACGUGUCUUAGAACGCGCUCGUGAAGACGGCGUUUUCCUGUUUCCACUCCCUCCCCAUCCAGCUUAUAAUCAUUGCGUAGAAAAUACAUGUUUCUGGGCAUUUCAGGGUUAUUUCAAAAAACGUUUGGAUCGCUUUUUUGAACAAAAUCCUAACCAACCACUUUUGCGUAAUAACGCUUCACCUAUAUUGACUCAUGCUUAUGAAAAAGCUUUACAACCGAAUAAUAUGAUUAGUUUGUUUGAAAGAUUGGGAAUUUGCCCAUUUAACAAUUUAUCCUCAUCAAUUGGCGCCUAUUUGAACAUGCAGACAGAAGAUUAUGAACAAAAUAGUUUGGCUGUAGAAAAUGUGGAUCCAUAUUUAGUUAAUGAAAUGGCGAAUCCUUACAACCAGUGGUCUAAACUAGGAUGUGCAUCAAACUACCUCAAUUAUGUUAAUCCAAAUGGAGAUUCAAAAGACCAUGCAAUCAAUCCCUCGAAUGAUUCGCAUCAUCCAGUUGCAGCUGUCACUAAACUAGCUACGUAUGUAACUGAUAAUACUGAAAAUCCCUUAACUUCCAAUUCCACUGUGGUGAAUUCCAAACCGACUGCAACUGUUCUUAUUUCCCAUGAAAACACAUUUAAAACUCAGCAUACUGUUUUAACACAGUUUUCUUCUUCAGGGCGAUCAGUUACUAUACGUUUGCACGGUCCUGCAGCAAAUGCUAUUCAACCUGUUUCUUUGCAUGAAGAAUUUUCAUUUCAUCAGAUCAAAGAUCCUCCGUCAUUUGACGUUUUAGCUAGUUCAGAUGUGGAUAUUUCGCAUGAAGAAGAAGUUGACUGUGAAGUUUCUAAUUCUCAAUUAAUACAAAGUGAAACAUCUGGUCACACUAGUCAGUAUUUCCAGGUAUCUGAAACAGAAAGUGGUCAUGGUCCCGUGAACGGUGGAGUUAUUGAAAGUAUUGAUGGAGUGGAAGAUGGUGAAGCACUCGACUUUUGUGUUGUUUGUGGUCAGUUAGAACCUCCAGAGUUAUCUUGUCAACCAAUUUCUGAUCAGGCUAAUGCUGAUGAUUUACAGGUUAUUGAUUGGGCACAUUGUGAUUAUUGUAACCGUUGGGUGCAUCUUAAUGGCUGUUGUAGUGAGGGUGCUGUAAUAGGAAAUAAUUCAUUUAUGUGUGUUGUUUGUCGGAACGAUAGUACAACAACGGUGGGAAGUGUAAGAAAUCUUCAACAAGAAAUAGUGCUGACCAAAACUGACAGUGGGGAGCAAGAACAAUCGAUGGAUGUUAAACGGUUAGUAAGAGUUGCCGGUACAAUGCAGUUUUGUGCAUUUUUUGGUUCUGUGCACAUAUGUUUAAAGUUUACUGUAUUAAUGCUUUCUGUUGUUUCUAAAACUGUAUGGAAAGUAUUGUCAGCUGGAAACGCGUAUCCGUCAAAGCAAUUUAUAUCCACUUCUAUCGGUUUACAUAAAAAACCUGGAUUGUCAAAUCAUAAAGGAUUUGCGAUAAUAUCUAGAGUUACUGGUCAAAAAGAAGAUCUUUGGAAGUUGUACAACGAGGUGGUUUAUCCUCCUGUACCUAAAGUUUCAAGCUCAGCUCUUUGGGAUACUAGCAUACGACCAGGUGAAGUUACCCAUCGUCGAGAUGAUAUUUUAUACAGCAGCAAAAGACUGUGGAUGCUAGUCCACUUGAUUCGUGGACGAUCUGUAGAUGAUGCUUUCGCACAAUUAGGAUUUCGUACUGAAAAGGGAGCUAGAAUCCUUGAAGAGGUGAUAGAAGAAGCCAUUGAACUAGCAGUUAAGGAGCACGAUUUUGAAUUCUGUACAAAAAUUUGGAUAGAGUCAGCGCAUGUUUCACGAGGUCGCAUGGUUCCUCGUUUAUACAAAGGCUUACGAUCUAAAGUGGAGUCGAAUAAAUUUCAUUACACAAAUUUGUAUAUACGUCUUCGAGAAGGUGAUCCUCCGAAAAUUUAUCAUCCAAAUGAUAUUAAAGGUGUUUGGACUCCAGCUGCAACAUGUCCACCAGAAGGUAGAUCUUGGGGCUCAACACAAGAAAUGGUACAUCGUGAAUUGGAAAGAUUGCGUGGAAGACGAUUAAAAGGAGAUUUAUAAGUGAAUAUAUAGAUAUAUAGUUUUUGUAAAAAUACGAUAAACUAGUCGAAAUUUUCAUCUGUACAGAAAACACCUCUUACCAUACAAAAGCAUUAAAUCUUUUCGUCUUAUGA